CGAGUCGGUCAGCCAGCCGGGACGGCCUGGCCUGCCGGUUUCGCUCUCCUCCUCUGCCUGCUGCCGGCUUCCUCCGCCCCUCCCCUGGUGCUUUACACUGCGCUCAUGAGCUGGUCCCCAGAAGAGUGCAGGGGGCAGGGAGAGCCCCGCGACGAGAGACACACCCUCUGUGCCAGGCUGGUGGAGGGGCCCGGCAGCGGGGCCCCUGAGCGCCCCGAGUCUGGCCUGCGCCCCAUCGCCACCCGCACCGCCUCGGGACCUGCCCUGGCCUUCUGGCAGGCGGUGCUGGCCGGGGACGUGGGCUCUGUCGCCCGCAUUCUCGCCGACGCCAGCACGGGCCUGGCUCCAGAUUCCGUCUUUGACACCAGCGACCCAGAGCAGUGGAGGGAUUUCCGAUUCAACAUCCGCGCUCUGAGACUCUGGUCUCUGACAUAUGAAGAGGAGCUGACCACCCCCCUGCACGUGGCAGCCAGCCGGGGCCACGCAGAGGUCCUGCAGCUGCUGCUGAGGCGGCGGGCCAGGCCCGACAGCGCCCCUGGGGGCCACACCGCCCUGCACGAGGCCUGUGCGGGAGGCCACGCGGCCUGCGUCCGUGUGCUGCUGGCGGCUGGAGCAGACCCCAACAUCCCUGACCAGGACGGGAAACGCCCCCUGCACCUGUGUCGGGGGCCUGGCACCCUUGAGUGUGCAGAGCUGCUCUUGAGGUUCGGGGCGAGCGUGGACGGGCGGUCUGAGGAAGAGGAGGAGACGCCCCUGCUGGUGGCCGCCCGGCUGGGCCACGUGGAGCUGGCGGAGCUGCUGCUGCGACGGGGGGCGUGCCCCGAUCUGCUGCUGGCCCGCGGGGUCAGCGCCAACGCCAUGGACUUCGGGGGGCACACCGCCCUGCACUGCGCUCUGCAGGGCCCGGCGGCGGCCCUGGCCCAGGCCCCGGAGCACACGGUGCGGGCUCUGCUCAACCACGGCGCCGUCCGCAUCUGGCCCGGGGCGCUCCCCAAGGUGCUGGAACGCUGGUGCAGCUCCCCGAGGACCAUCGAGGUGCUGAUGAACACCUACAGCUCUGUGCGGCUGCCCGAGGAGGCCAGGGAUCUGGUGCCUCCCGAGACACUGCAGAAGCACCAGCACUUCUACUCCUCUCUCUUCGCCUUGGCGAGGCAGCCGCGGUCGCUGCAGCACCUGAGCCGCUGCGUGCUGCGCGCGCACCUGGCCCCCCGCCUGCCCCACGCCCUGCCCCGCCUGCCGCUGCCGCCCCGCCUGCUCCGCUACCUGCAGCUGGAGUUUGAGGAUGUGCUGUACUGAUGUCCACUGUUUUGGGGGUGCUGAAAGCAGAUGCCCCGGAAGGCUCAGCCUGCUUCUCCCAGGACCCUGACCCAGGACUGAGCUGCACCCACUCAGGUCCAGGUGGACCUCUCAGCACAGCGCCCAGCCCCACACAGGUGUGGGGGUGCAGCAGGGUCGUCUGAUGGCAAGAGCUGGGACCAUGGGGUCCCUGAGGGCCCCGCUGCCUACACGGCCCAUACAUGCAUUAAAGC